CUCGAGACAGUCAUGGCUGCUUCCUCCGCCGCUGCCUUCCCCACGUAAACACGUUCGCCUUCGCGUCUCUCGGUGACUUCUGAGUUGGCCUCAGGCUGCGAAUGUCACGUGAAGGGGACUGUCGUGGGGUCGACUGAGUGAGCCUGGGUCACAAUGGCGUCCAAGUCCAUCCGUGAGAAUGUGCUCACCCCUUCUUUCCUCCUUUUUCUUUCAUCUUUACUGUCAGGUGCCACGGGCAACCAAGCCCCAAUUUUCAUAAAUGAUAUGAAUCAACAUGUGAUCUCGGAGAAUACUCCACCUGGAACCUCAGUAUAUCAGCUGUCUGGUGAGGACCCCGAAGGAUCACCGGUCAAGUACGGUAUCCUCGGAACAGAUAAGCUCACUGUCAAUCCAUCAACUGGGGAUGUUAUCAUUGCGAAGCCUUUAGAUAGAGAGGAGAGUGACAUCUUGAGGCCGACUGUUACACUGGAAGACCAAGUUCUUGGCAAGAAUCAGGAUAAUAAUUUGGUUCAAGUUCCUAUAUCUAUCAUAAUUCUGGAUGAGAAUGACAACCCACCCAUUUUUGAUGGUAUGCCAUUUGAGGUUACUGUGAAAGAAGAUGCCAAAAUUGGGACAUCAUUGCUGAACAUAGUCAUCUCAGAUACUGACCUAGUUGGAGAUAUUCUGAGUCUUCAUUGUAAGGGUGCAUCUUGUGACACAUUUGAUUUGAAGACCCAGGAGUCCUCAUCUCAGACGUACAAUGGAACCUUGGUUCUGAAGGAAAAUCUCAACUACCUCAAACAUCCAGUGCAUCAGCUUCGAGUUAUUGCAUCUGAUGGAGUGCACAAUGUGAGCACAGGCAUUUUGGUCCAAGUGGAGGAUGUCCCGAAUUCACCUCCAUUAUUCCGAGGCUCCCUAGGAGGCCUUGUAAAGGAAGAUGUUCUGCCUGGGACGUUGGUACUCACUGUGAAAGCUGUGGAUGGAGAUCCUGGCUCUCCCAGGCCAAUUCACUAUGAACUCCUGGAUUCUGCAUCAAAUCAUUUCCUCAUUGAUCCUGAGACUGGUGAACUGAGAACAGCUAAGCCAUUGGACAGAGAGAAGCUGGCUCCUAAGCUAGGCAUCAUUCAUCUUCCUGUCGCUGGUCAGCACAGUCGGUUUUUGCUGGAUUUGGAAGAUCCAUCAGGGCUUUUCACCUUGGAACCACUAACAGUAGAUGGAUCAGCCUCUCUUAGCAUUCGUCUUGCAAAAGGAGAACUUGACUAUGAGAAUCCCAAUCAGAGGAAGUUCAUUCUGGUGGUGAAAGCCAGAGAAGACUCAACAGCAGAGAGCCUUUCUUCAACUGCCACUGUCACUGUCAACACAUUAGAUGUGAAUGACAACAGGCCGCAGUUUGGGAAGGAAAUGUACAUGUUCACCAUAUCUGAGAUGGCCAUCCCAGGUUCGCGAGUAGCUAGCAUUGCUGCCCACGAUCGUGACUCUGGCAUGUAUGGAACACCUGGAUUGCGGUAUGCCAUAUUCGGAGAGGGGGCUGAAAGAUUUUCAGUGAACGAAAAGUCUGGGGAGGUGUAUGUUCGAGCCUGUGACACUCCAGGCAAACAUCCUUGUCUGGAUUUUGAAACCAAGCCCAUCUACUACUUCUCAUUCCAGGCAACAGAUGCAGAAGGCCAUGGACAGAGUAAUGUCGUACCCUUGAAGAUCUCACUUGCUGACAGCAAUGACAAUCCACCUGCAUUUGAGAAAGCUCUCUUUCGGGCAUUCAUAGAAGAAGGCUCUACAGAAUUUCACCCUCCACUAUUCAUUCGAGCAAGGGACCCUGAUGCUAACUCAGACAUCAAGUACUCCUUUGUUGAAGAAUCACAACUUUUCUCUCUUGACAAGAACACUGGGGAAAUUCGUGUUAGUAACUCUACUGGGCUGUUCCUCUCAGAAAAUGAAGACUUCACUAUCAACUUGGGCAUACAGGCAACGGAUGGGAAGUUUACUGCCAUGACUCAGGCCAACAUUCAAGUGAAAGAUGUCAAUAAUCAUGCACCUAUCUUCUUCAAACCAACCUACUUGGAGACAAUUCCAGAAAAGAGUCCUAAGGGCACAGUCAUAGACAUAGUGAGAGCAAGUGAUGGUGACAGGGGGAGGAAUGCAGAGAUCACCUAUCACAUCCACAAGGGAGCAUAUGGAGACUUCAAAAUCAAUUCACAAUCUGGAGAAGUGAUACUGGCAACUGAUCAACUAGAGUAUGAUCGUAGGGCAACCUAUGAACUCCUCAUUCUGGCUGUUGAUUCUGGAACCCCUGCACUGACAGGAACAGCUACAAUGACUGUGAAUGUCGUGAACAGGAAUGAUAAACCUCCCAACAUUCACCCAAGGAUACAGAGAAUCAGCAUCUCGGAGAAUGCCUCCGUUGGUGAUGUCAUACAUAGGAUCAAAGCAACAGAUUCAGAUGCCACAGACGAAGGUGCUCUUAGAUUCAUGGUAGCAGAACCAAUCACUGCUCUUGAUACACGUGGUCAGCCCAUUCAAGGUCGUGACACUUUCAAAAAAUUUUUUGCUCUUGACGAAAAGAGUGGGGAAGUGAGUGUGAGAAUGCCUCUUGAUCGAAACAUGGGGUCUGUCAUCAACAUUCCUUUCAUUGUUGCUGACUCCUCUGCUGAUGUCCCUCAAACAGCUCGUGGGGAAUUGGUGAUUACUAUCCUGGACAUCAAUGACUUCCCUCCUCAAUUUGCCUCACCAUGGAGUCCUUCAGACCCCACUAUUCGUAUUUCCCUCGAGGAAGAGCAGCCGAUUGGGAAUCCUGUCUUCACAUUUUCUGCAUCUGAUCCAGACUCUGGCAUCUCACACUUUGAGAUCUCCAAUAAUUCUGUGGGUGGAGGGUACUUUGAUGUUGACCCCUUUUCAGGUGUCCUGACAGUAAAGCAGAGGUUGGAUUAUGAGAAGAUGAAAUUCAUCAACUUCACCAUGAAUGUGUUUGACUCAGGCAUACCACAGUUCUCAUCCUCUGCUCAAGUUUUUGUUUCACUCAUUAAUGUGAAUGAUGAACCUCCCAUGUUCCAACAAUCACCAUACUAUGCAGAAGUAAUGGAGAAUGCAGGGAGAAGCACCCCAGUCACUGUGAUUUCUGCUGUUGAUGCUGAUGAAGGAGAAUUUGGUGAAUUUACAUUUUCACUCACUGGAGACCAUGCAGAGGAUUUUGCCAUUGAUGAACGUGGGACAUUGACAGUUGUGAAUUCGAAUCUCCUUGAUCGAGAAAGCACACCAGUAGUGGCAGUUACCGUCAUGGCUUUUGAUGGCCUACAUUCUUCCACAGUCCCUGUGUAUGUAGAGAUCCUGGAUGAGAAUGAUAACCCACCAAAAUUUCAAGAAAAGGAAUAUACAGCCACAGUGGGUGAUUCCUUGUCUUGGGAUCCCCCAUCUCCAAUAUUGCAAGUGUCAGCCACUGACCCUGAUUUCGGGCUCCAUUCUGCUCUUUUAUACUCAAUUGUUUCUGGGAAUGUUGAAAAUGCAUUUCGCCUGGAUGCACAGAGAGGAGUGCUAUAUGCAACCCGAUCCCUUGCAAAUCUUCCUUCUAAAUAUGAGCUGAAGAUCCGUGUUCGUGAUGAAAAUGGGACUGGGCCAUUCUACGAUGAAGCACGGAUAUCCUUGGAGAUACAGAAGACCAAUCGACAUGCUCCAAGAUUCCUAACGCCAUCUCCUGAUGAAGUUGUGACAUCUAUACCUGAGAAUCAAGAAGCAGGGAAGUUGAUUAUGCAGCUUCGUGCAGAGGACAGGGAUUCAGGCAGUAAUGGGGAAGUGAGGUACCAUUUAAAAGUGAAUGAAACAAAUGUGCAAGAGACUCCUGAAUUCUCUCUGGAUGCUGAGAAUGGUGAACUUCGCAGCAGAAGAGCUUUGGAUCGAGAAGAGAGAGCUGCAUAUGAAUUGGUACUUGUGGCUCGAGACAAUGGGAGUCCACUUGCAUUGGAGGCUCUACAUCCACUGAUGGUCAAAGUCGAGGAUCUCAAUGACAAUGCUCCAAAGUUCAUUUCAGAUGAACCCCUGGUUUUCACACUAGAUGAGAAUGCACCUGCUGGAACAUCCAUUGGGGAAGUAAAAGCUGAGGACAAAGACAUAGGAGCUAAUGCCAGAAUCUUCUACAAGAUCCUUGAGGGAAAUGAGGGUGGAGAGUUCAGUGUAGAUGAAGUGAAUGGUGUCCUCAGAUCCCAGAAAGUCUUGGAUCGAGAAGAAAGACCAUCCUACCACCUCAUCAUUGGGGCUUCCAAUUCCCGCACCUUUGACCCUCAGAGAUCAGAGUUAGAAGAAAAAGGGAGUAGUAUCAGCACUCAGGAAGUGGUGGUGAGGCUUCAUGAUUGCAAUGAUAAUGCUCCUCAAUUCCCUCUACAGGUUAACUUUGCUGUGAUUCCAUGGGAUGCAGGGGUUGGAUACUCCUUUAUCCAAGUGAAAGCUAUUGAUCCUGAUAAGGGAGAGAACUCUUCCUUGGUCUACAAUAUUCAAGCCUCCUUGCUGCAUGCUAUCCAUUCUAAUGACUCCUUGGGAUCCGUAGUCCCAUCUCCAUUCAAGAUUGAAGAUGAUGGAACAUUAAGGACAAAAAUCCUAUUGACAGAAUAUAGAGGAGAUUGGUUCACCCUUGAAAUUAGUGCCACAGAAGCUGCUCAUCCAUUUCGUCAGGCCCGAACAUCUAUAGAGGUUUACCUGUACAGAGAAGAGGACACCAUCCGCCUUGUGUUGCAGGAGCCUGCAGAGACAGUUCAUGCAAACAAAGAUGAGAUUCUUAAGGAACUGUCAGACAUUGCUGGAUUUCAGCUGGUGUUUGCAAAUCUCCGUUAUCAUGUUGACCAGGAAAAUAACAUACACAAAAACUGGACUGACAUGUAUGUGGUUGGAGUGAAUCGGAAGGAACGUUCUCUUGCUCCUGUUCAAAAAAUUCUGAAUCCCAUUGACAAUCACUAUGAUCACCUCCAUGCUUACUAUGAAAAUUUUCACAUAACAAGCAUCCAGCCGGUGGUGAAGCCUCUGUUGCUAGAAGGAGAAUUUGAUCCCUUAGUUGGGGUCCUCAUUGCUCUUCUGGUCGUUCUGAUUGUUGGGAUCACAUCUGCCUGCGCAGUGUUCUCUUGUCUACGUCACUGGGUUCCAAGUGGGAAAACAAAUAUCCAAGAACCAUUGAUUCGAGAUCGAGAGAGACCCUUGGAUCCAUUGUCAAAGACUGAGAACCCAUUGUGGUUAGAAGGGCGUGCGAGGAGUCCUCCGUUACCUGGUCCUUAUGAAGAACAGGAGCUUACCAUGAGUGUGAAUGAAACACCACCUAAUGAGGAGAGAAUUUCACAGCAGGGUGACGCAACAAGUCAUGCAUAUGCCACGAUCCAGAAACCAACACGGACCAAGAUGAUUCCAAGAGAGCUUGAGGGGGAAUAUGCAACCAUCAGGCUUCCAUCUGGGCCUGUCAUCCCUGGCUUGGGUUACCCCCAUCUUGACACCAUCGACCUGGCAAGUUUUCUUCUUUGUCCUCUUGGCCCAGAAUACCAGGAAAUGCCCUCUGGAUUCUCAGGCGGUCCCGAUUCAUACUCAGAAUCUCUCAACUAUUCACCUGAAGGAUGUCCCACCCUCACUGCUGAGCUUCUUUAACAUGACUUCAUCCUCACUCUUUAGGCAUUCUUCCCAUUUGAUAUGGGAUUUUUCUUUUUUAAUUUUUUAUUAUUUUAUGUUUGGGCAGCUAUGAAUAUUGACUGGGAUGGAUAUGGAUGUAGUAAAGGUUGUCUGUUUUUCA